AUGUGUCUGCCCAAAGGAAGCCAGCAGAGUAGUGAUUUGACAAGAAAGAGGACCAAUGAGCCAAAAUCUUCCUCCAAAAUAUCUCAUGAGCAGGAAGGGGAUUAUGAGACUGUGAGUAGCUCCACCCUGGAGGCUAUCCAUGCUUUGAGAAUUCUUCCUGCCAAACCCCUGCAAGAAUCUGAAUAUGCAGACAGACGUUGUGUGAAUUCUUCAGGUACCACUUCCUACAUGACUAACCAGCACACAUACUCUCAGUCACCUCCUCAGUAUCUGAAUAAAAACGUGACUGUUCUAGAGCGGAGGAACGUGCCAAAUGCUAAAGGACAAAGAAUGAACAUAAGUGAAUGCCAGAAUCCUGUGCCUCCCCCACGGCCUCUAAAGACAUUGCCAAAGCAAUAUCAGCCACUUCCUCCAGAACCGAAGAUAAGCAGCCAGCCCUCUCACACAAGGAAGGAGUUCAGCCAAGCUCAUACUUUUCCAGUAUCAGCAAAACGCACCAGACAUCUAUCUGUUAAGGAAGGCAAUGAAGCACCUAGAGGAGGACAAGUGAGAGAAUCAGGGAAACAACCUGAAUUAAGUUUCCAAACAGAGAAUUCCACACCAACAUAUCAUUCUGAAGACAGUCUUCCAAGCACACGGAGUUCUAAGGAUGUUUGCAGCUCAGGGUCCGUGUUAAAUAUAGAGAACUUGUCAGUUAAGAGAUCACCAUCUGCUACACUGCUCCUACCACAUGACAAUAAAUCCAAACAUUCACUUGUAAAACGAGAGAUGGAAUCUCUUGUGCAGCCCAUUGAAAAGGAUUUGAAUAAAUAUGAAUGGUACAUUGGAGAAUAUGAUCGCCAUGAAGCAGAGGCAGCACUGUUACAGGAAAACACGGAUGAGACAUUCUUGGUCAGAGAUUGUUCAAAGAAGUCAAGCGCUGAGCCAUAUGUUUUGGUUGUCUAUUAUGGAAAAAAGGUAUACAACAUUAAAGUACGUUUUCUGGAGGAGAGCCAGCAGUAUGCACUGGGAACAGGGCUCAGAGGAGAUGACAAAUUUAAUUCUGUGAAAGAAAUCAUUGACUUCUACAAAUAUGUUCCCAUCACACUUAUUGAUGGAAAGGACAAAUCAGGAAACCAGAGAGAGCAGUGCUACCUCACAAACCCCUUCACCUUGCGCAAAAAAAGCUUUCUGCCCUAA